AUGACAUCACGUUAUCCCCACUGCCACUCGACCACAUGCACGUCACGUGACACGAUGCAAUGCUUGUCUUUGGCGGAAACCUGGGCACCGGCGGGACUGCCGUUGCCACAGGGAGGUGGCGGAGCGGGGGGCCAUGGACAGCCGCAGGCUGGAUCGCCGAGCACCCCGGGCCCCGGCGGUGGCACUGCUGGCAGUGGCGCGAGCACUCUCGGCGCCGCUGGCGGCGGUGCUUCUGGCUCUGGCACCGCCGCCGCCGGUGGAAGUGGGAUUGGUUUCAGUGUGACCGGAAGUACCGGUGGCGGGGCUGGUGGCGGUGCCGCUGGCGGUGGCGCAAGUUGGUCCGCGGGACUGCCUCGUCGGGGCCGAGGGUGGCGCGACUGGCGCCGCGGCGACCCCACGCUGAUCAAGGGACUGUGGAAGUCAAAGGGGCCUCUAGAUUCCCUAGGAAAGGCGGAGGUAUACAUCUUCUUAGCACUGCUGAUCGGUUUCGUGACGGUGGUGGUCGGUUGUUGGCUGUCCGACAACUGUUGGUCCCCGGAGCCGGAAGGAGUGGUCACUCUGGCAUAGCCUAGUGCAGACUUCCGUUCGUCCAGGCGAUAACAACUAGUACGCGGGCCCUCCUACAGGAUCUUCCAGGACUUUGUCCAACAGAACAGGCGUCCGUUGCUCGACAUCAACGACAACCACACCAUGCUACCACCCGUGUGAUCCGCGUCACCUUAAAGAAACGAAAGAGAGGAGAAAGAAGAAAAAGGAAAAGGAAAAGAAAACCACCAUCACCAUCUCUCUUCCAUCGAGGCAGACCGCCAUAUAUUCGAAUAUAGCCUCUCUCUCUCUCUCUCUCUCGAUAUCGUCGCGGUCCUCGAUAAACGUCCAAUCCAACCGACCGGAAAUCCAAAAGGUUCAUCGAAAUAUCGACGUAUCCACGUGC